AGGAGGAAGAGGGCAUCUCCGAAACUAAAAUUGGGAGGGAAAGAUGCGCGGCGCAACUCAACUGAAAAGCAACAUCAGUCGCAAGUCACAACCAUCAACGCCACGACGGUGAUGUUGCUGUUGUCUUGUGGAGUCGCUAACUCGCUUUGAGCUUCUUGUUUCUUCAACAAUGGCAUUUCUAACUCGCCUCCAUUCCUUCGCAAGGCCCUUCUCCUCUCUCCUCUCCACCUCGCGCCAGGUCUCUCUCUCUCUCUCUCUCUCUAACACAGAACUACUGAAACUUCCUAGAAAGAGUGGAGGUAGAGCAAUAAUGACCAAGAUGGACAUGAACAUGUGCUCGCUUUCUCCAGCUGUUUCAACUGAAGCCUCAGAUUUAGAAUUUGAAGUGAUCCAUGAUGAUGUCAAAGCAACAGAAAAAGAUGAUGCACUUCGCUUGGCUGUCUCACAGCUUGCUAAUGAGUUUAGUGAGGAAUCAAUGUUAUCUUUGCAGAAGUUUUUCGGUGUGCGCCGCGCUCAAGUGAUAUCUACAGGCUCCUUGAAGCUUGACAUAGCUCUUGGAAUGGGAGGAUUGCCAAAGGGUAGGAUUGUUGAAAUUUAUGGACGAGAAGCAGCUGGCAAGACAACACUUGCACUUCAAGUUAUUAAAGAAGCUCAAAAGCAUGGAGGAUAUUGUGCAUAUCUUGAUGUAGAGAAUGCAUUGGACGCUUCACUUGUGGAAUCAAUAGGUGUGAAUACCGAAAAACUUCUUGUCUCGCAUCCAGACUGUGCUGAAAAUGUGUUGAGCAUGGUUGAUACAUUAACGAAAAGUCGAGCUGUAGAUGUGAUUGUGGUUGAUAGUGUUGCUGCCCUUCUACCCAAGCGUGAACUUGAUCAGUUAGGUGUUAGCACCAAACUAGAUUUACAACCCCGACUGAUGACCCAAGCACUGCGGAAAAUUCAGUAUUCAUUAUCACAUUCACAAACUCUUAUCAUUUUUGUUAAUCAGAUUAGAUUUAGUCCAAAAUCAGCUAAGGGAUGUGGACCUGCAGAAGAGGUAACUUGUGGUGGAAAUGCUUUGAGAUUCUAUGCUGCUGUUCGAUUGAGACUUUCGAGAAUGGGAUUGAUCAAAACUGAUGAUAAGGUGGAGGGUCUUCGGGUCUGUGUGCAAGUGGCGAAAAAUAAGCUAGCACCAGCAGCACUCAAAAAGGCCGAACUAGGCAUCAAGUUUGGAGGAGGCUUUUGCCACGAAGCAGAGGUCUUAGAUUUGGCUUGUGAACAUGGAAUGAUUGUCAAAGACGAGGAAAGCUACCUUAUAGAAGGAAAUACUUUCGAUACUAGAAAAGCGGCCGAAGUGUAUUUGGCAGAGGAUGACAGGGUCUUUGACAAGUUGGUAAUGGACUUGAGAAGGCUAUAUUUUUGAAAAUUCAGGCAGACAUUCAAAGAUGGCACUUACCAUAAACUUGUUCAGUCAGAAUUUAGAAGGCCUAAACUCUUUCCAUGUUGUGUUUGCAUACUGUAUACUCAUGCGAUUGAACUUCGAAAAAGUCAAGUAUUGCCUUGAAUGAGCAUCACCCAUCUAGCAGAGGAGUAUAAGGCAAUUUAAGUUGCAGGAAUUUUCAGAUGCAAGUAUUGAUCCCUUUACAUCUAACAUGUAGCAAAAUUUGAUAUCUAUUGUUGUAUUCAUUUGUUAGCAAAACAUGAUAAGCUGCACUGUAAAUUAUGAAGUGUGUCUUUUCCUUGUACCAAAUUCUCAGUGGAUCCAACCAAAAGAAUCAUAAAGGUUGAUUCUUGGAAUCUUGUGGGUGUAUUUCAUGAAUC